AUGCCUCUCUCAGAAUUGGAUUUUACCGUCUCCGACUUCGACCCUGAACACGAAGCGUUGGCAUCCACCCGCGAGUUCGGCAGUCCGCAGCUUCCCAACAUGAGACACGCCCACGAGGAAGAGGAGGAGCCAGACUUUGUGAUCAACACGUCAACACUAGAGCGCGCUUUCCCUGAAUUCUCUCAGUUGCCCACAUCGGAAGAAGAAGACAACGAAGGAGAACAGCAACGAAAUCUAGACCGUGACACCAUGUCCGAUGUCAGCGACCUGUCCAUGGAGAUGGGCCGUGGUCCCUCGGGUAGAGGUCCUCGUCGCCUUGAUGACUCUCGCGACUCUGUCAUGUCAUUCCAGAAUAGCAUUCGUUCCUCCUCCCCAGCCGUUCGCGUCGACUACCCGACGCCCCAGAAACAACCUGUCGCGCGUCCAACAGCCCGACGCGCCGUGAGCGAGAACCUCCGAAAGGAUGCUCAAUUGCGACGCGCAACGCAAGCCCAGAAGGAAAACAUGAGUCCUCAAGUAACCGCGAAAUCACAACGCGACCAACGGAGGACCCUCUCGGAAAUGCACGCGAAAGUACGCGACAGCUAUGACGGUUCAUUCAUUGGAGACGAACGCCCUGCUCCAAUUACAACCAACACGCGAUCAACGCGUUUCGGCAACUUGAACAACUCUCAAGAGAUUGCCGAUGCGGUCGAGCGCGCUUCGCGGGAAGCAUACGCGAAGGAGAUGCGCAAAGCCAGCAGCGGAGGUACUCCCCGCAAGACAGGCAACAAUCAUACCAACACGAUGGGUGACACUAUGACGCGUCAGUCUUUCCUCCUCCCUGAUCUCCCCAAUAUCUCCGAGCUUGUUUCGGGUCACAAAAUGCGCUCCACUCGAUUUGUGUCACCACCCCACGAUGCGACCGACAUGUCCUUUGCGCGUGAGCAUAUGCCUCUUGACGCAGUUCCGAUCCCCGAGGAUGAGAAGGCGUUGUUCGUCUCCCUGCGUCUUCUCCAAGACAAGGUCGCGGAGCUGGAGAUGUUCAAGUCCGACGCCGAGAGACGGAUUGAGAAUUACCGUGAGGAGAAUGCGUUGCUCAAGGCUGGGCGGCCCCGAAAUUCGGACAAGUAUGCCAGGGAAGAUGUCGACUAUAAGAAGGGCUCAAAACGUCUUAAUUCGGACAUUCAGAAGCUCGAAGCUGCCAAUAUCGCUCUACAGAAUCAAUUGGAUAUUGCGGACCGCAAAUCCCAAGUCCAAGAGGCCGCGGUCAAACGCCUCAAUCACGAGAGAGAAUCUGCAAUCUCUCAGUUGGGCGUGGCAUAUCUUGAGACCAGAGAACUCAAGGCCGAGAAUGAUCAACUACUCGAGGAGAAUGCAAACCUGAAGUCUCAACUGUCCCGCGUCUCGGGCAAAUCUCGCGAUGAUGAGGCCCUGGAAACAGAUUCCAGCGUGUCUGCCUCUGAUCCUGACGAUAGCAAUGUCUAUAGCACAGACGUGAGCCGCAGCACAAGGAACCUUACCUCUAAGAGCAGCCGCAAUAAUCUGAAGUCCAAGCGCCAGGACGAUUCGCGAGCCAAGAUCUCAACACAGGUGGAUAAAGAGAUUUCUCGCCUGGAGAAGGAGCGGGCGGAGGAGGCGCUGUUUUCCAUUGAUAUGCCUACUUCAAAGCGGGCAUCUACCUCCAAGUCCGCUAGAUCUGGCCAUUCUGAAUCUAAGGGAUCUAGGAAACAGCCAAAUACCUCCAAACAGCGCGUCAAGCGUGUCAUUCUGGAGGAUAUAAGCAGCGCAGUUGAGUCUACCGAGCAGACGAAGGGUUCGUCAGAUGUGGAAGAUCUGACACUGCUAAGCGUUAUUGAUGAAAAUGAAAUUGCCCGUCUUCGGAAAACAUUGGAGGAGGAAAGACUAUCCCGCAAGCAGCGCCGAUUCAGUGCUACAAAGGAUACAACUGCCACUGAGACCGUGAACUCAACCCGCCAGAGCAUUCUCAAAGCCCCUCUUCCACGCAAAUCAUCACUCCGUGAACCUAGGCCCACCAUCUCCCGUCCUGCCUCAGCUGCGGGCGAUGUCACUUCCAGAUCGGCAGCUACAGCUGAUGGUGAUAUCAGUCUUGUCGUGCCAAUUGUCGAACGCCCGAGACGCCAUUCAGAUCACUCCGUUGCCUCGCUGUCUCAACGCAAGAAGCGCCGGAACAUUGAAGACAUGACCUCGGCCUUCAUUCUUCCUGACAUCACCCUGAGCCGCGCAGAGCUGGCGGGCAGUAAUCCCUCUCGCCUGCCGGAGUCGGCCCAGCGUGCUUUGGACGAAAUCGCUCAACAUGACGGAAACAACUGCAUGAUUUGCAAGGACGUCCUCCCUCACGAAGGCCCCUGCAACCACGAGGCUGUUAAGAUCCCCAAGCCCAUUCCUGUUUCAGAGCGCAUGCCCACGACAGAAGACCCGACCAUGCGCCCUUCUCAGCCCCCUGCCAUUGCCCUCGCCACUGUCCUAAAGACACUGGAAGACGAACUUUCUCACCUGAAGAUGCAGCUUGCUUCCUACCAGAGCGCCUAUAACAAGCUUGAUGCAUCACUCGGCAAGCGCCAGCGCAAAUCGGUCAUGCAGAAGAUCGAGACUGUGCUCAAGGACAUUGAUCUGAAGUCGGAUCAGAUUUAUGCUCUCUACGACGUUCUGGAAACUUGCAAGGGCGAGAUCACCAAGCGCGACCUUGAUAUUACCUUGGAAUCUAUUGGAAUUGAUGUGACCGCGAACAGCGCCAAGUCUCGCUCAGGUCCGGUCGAUUUGGAGGAUGAAGACGAAGAGGAGCUGCCCUGGGAGGGCAUUGAAAGCACUGCGGAGUUGACUGGUCGCACGUAA